GUCGAAUCAACAUCUACGAUAUAUUCCAUUUCCUGUAAUGGCGGCAUCCUUGUUAUCACGGUAGGAAAGAUAAAAACCCCACAAUGCCCAGAAGUCGAAGAAGCACAGGCAAGAGCCCUGCACCAGUUGCAAAGGAAGAGGCUCCCGCCACUCGUAAGACACGAGGGGCUGCCGCCCCUGCCGCAGAGACACCCUCACCAAAAAAGUCAAGGAAAAGGAGCCCCAGCCCUUCCCCUGCACCAAGGGGUAGAAGUAGAGGAAGAGGUGCAAAGGAACCUGACACUAAAAAAGAGAAAGGACAAGGUGAUGAUGUAGAGGAGCCAAGUCCAAAGAAGGGGCGAGUCACUCGAGCUGUGAUGCAGCAAGAUGCAACACCGACUCGUGGGAGGGCAAGUAGUAGUCGCAAAGCUGCAGAACCAAAAAAACCUGCUCCUUCACCAACCCCGAAAGGUCGCUCCAGCUCUCGUCAAAAGGCUGCUCCUACUCCAACAAAGGCAGAAGAACCAUCAAGAUCACGCAGUAGGUCUAAGCCGGCAAAACCUGAACCCAAAACACCUGAACCCAAACCAGCUAAGGCCAAGAGCCAACCCAAGAGUCAGACCAAGAAAACACCUGUUAAAAAGGCAACACCUAGUCCCAGGAAGGCCCCAGCUAAGCCUAAACCAUCACCAAAGCCCACUGCAUCAAGAAGCAGAAGUAGGGGCAAGAAAGAGGAGAAGGCAAGUGACAUGCCAUCAGCGCAAAUUAUUCUCACAAAGAUUGAUAGUCCUACUAAAUCUAAUACCAGCUUAGCAGAAAAAGAAACAUCACCACCUUCUAGAAGUAGAGCUCGUUCUUCGGCAAAGACUCCGCCUCAGAAGGCCAGUCCUAAGGAAUCUAGAAGAUCUAAAUCCUCUGAGAAAUCUACUCCUCCAACUCGUCGUGGUAGAAGGUCUGCAGAAGCCAAAGAGGAAGUUGAAGAUGAAGCUAAAGAAGAGGACAGUAAGGAAAAUGAGGAUGAAGAGGUGGCAUCAGAAAAAGUCAAAGCUGUAGACGAAUCUGCUAAGUCUGAGGAGGUAAAUAAAGAUGAGGAGAUGGAUACAAAAGAUGCUUCAGCAGAAACUGAGGAUAAAGUAGUAGAGACAGAAAAAGAAGUUGCGGAAGAAGAAAAUGAAAAAGUGGAGGAAAGUAAAGACAAGAUUGAAAAAGAAUCAGAGGAGGAAGAAAGUGGAAAAGUAAGUGAAGAGGAAAAGAAAGAUGGAGAAACUGAGACUGCAGAUGUAGAAGAGACUGAUGAAAAACUGGAAGAGGAAGACCAGAAGCAAGAGGAAGCAGUUGAGGAAAAAAUGGAAGAGGAUGUAGUGAAUGAUAAGGAGGAGCCUUGUAAGCCAGAAGAGGAGUCGCCAGCAUUAAAAUCCUCACCACCAUUGGAAACUUCACCAGUAAAAGAAUUACAACCAUUAGACCCAUCUCCAGCAAAAGAAUCAUCAGCAACAGAGCAAUGUAAACCACCUGAAAUUGAAGAAAUAUCAGAUGAUGAGCCCGUAGAGGAGGAACCAAUGGAAGAGGAUGUUGUUGAAAAACAGAAAGAGGAAGAAUCAAAAGAAACAGCAGCUACACCAGCUGCUGAAGAGUCUAUGACAGCUAAGGCAGAGACUGCCCAGGAAGUCCCAGAACCUGUAAUCACUGACGGAGAGCAGCAAAAUGGAUCCCCUGAUGAUCCUCUUUCUUCUCCGACCCGUAAACGCAAGUGGGAUGAACUUGAUGACGAAGGAGAAGAUGCGUCUCCAAAGAAGGUCCGUCGAUCUAUUGACAUGACUGAUGUCACAAGUGAGGGAGUAGUAACUACGAAUGGGGAGGAUCAAAUUUCAAAACAGGAGACAGAGGAGGAAUCAAUGGAAACCAGUGUAGAUCAGAAGGUGCUGGAGCCAGAAGUGGCACAAACUUCCACAGAUACAGGAAAUCAUAACAUUGAACAGGACUAUGUUGUAGUAAAUAUGGAUGAAAUACCAGCAGCUAAUAGCACAGAAGUCUUACAAUGCAUACCUACAGAAACCCCUACAGAAACCCCAAAAAAGGAGGCAGCUACUGAUUUAGCAGCAGAACAAAGUCAAUCGAUAGCUCCUGCAGCAGAGGUGGUGUCUGAUGUUAAUCAGGAACAAACAACGGCAUCAUUGUCCUCUCCUACAUCAGAAUUUAAUCCAGUGCUGUCCAGGAAAUAUAUCCCCAAUCCAUCAUACCAUCAGUCAGGGGACACAAACAAACAAUUUUCUGUGGUUAGUUACAACAUUUUAGCUCAGUGUCACUUAGAGAGAAAUGACUAUUCAUUUACAGAGUCUCAGUAUUUAGCAGAAAGUUAUCGUCAUCAAAAUCUCAUGAAGGAAAUAGAAUACCUUGGUGCAGAUUUAGUGUGUAUGCAGGAGGUAGGACCCAAGUACUUUGAGUCAAUGCUCAAACCAGCUAUGACCAGGCUGGGAUAUGAGGGCGUAAUGAAGAAAAGGACACAAGAUUAUUUUGAUGAGGGAGAAGCAACUUUCUACAGGACCAGCAGAUUUUCUGUAGUGAACACCCAGACUUACUCCUUAGCAGAUUUAGCAGAACAGGAAUUAGAAGAUGGUGGUGUGAGUGAUGAGGUGAAAGUAUCUAUCAGAAAAUACCUGGACCUGCCAGACGUUCUGGUGCUGACUAAGCUACGUUGUAACACGACAGGCAAUCUACUGUGUGUGGGUAACAUUCAUGUCCAGUGGGGCAAGAUGGAGAUCCCUGAUGCUCAAUGUAUACAGAUUGUAUGUGCUAUAAAGGAAUUAGCAAAGCAGGGUGGUAGCGAUUGCCAUGCUCAGAUCCUUUGUGGAGACUUUAACUCUGAAGAGACCAGUCCCGGAUACAAACUAGCCAUGGAAGGUUAUAUUACUGACGAAGUUCUCAAGCAGCUACAGGCUCUAGAGAAUCUAGAGAUGCCGGAUUCAAGUAAGGCAGCACUUGUUAACCACCUUUGGAGAGCAUUCCAGCACACAUCAGACCUGAGGAGUGCCUACCAGUCAGCACAGGGAUGUGAACCAUCGGUGACUUCCUACAACCGGGUGAUGCUGGCAGCAGUUGACUAUAUCUUCUAUUGCGGCAGCAAUCUUCACAAUGUUGGGGUACUAGAGACAGCCAAAGAGGGCAACAUCAAAGCCACAGGCGGUAUCCCUGACCGUCUCUUUCCAUCAGAUCACGUCUCCAUAAAAGCAGUCUUCGCAUUUUCAUAAUCGCCGUUACAGAUAUUCACUCAUUUCAUCACAUCCAUCAACUUCAGCAAGGAAUGAAGGAUUGGAUACAGCUAAACUGGUCUGGAUACAAGUCAUUGGAGCAUGACAGCAUAAUCAACCUCAUUUAUGUUGUAUUCAAACCAACUCUCAUUCAUCCUUAUCGUCUUCAUCAUCAGACUGAUCUUCCAGUGCAGUAAAAACUUUUGAACUACUUGGUACAGCACCACAAAGUUUUAAAAGCAAAUUGACAUUUUGAAAAGGUCAUAUAUGAAUAGAACUAUUGCCUAAACUCAUGUUCAGGAAGAAAGAACCAAUGAUCUAUACACAGUUGUUUUGUAAAACCUAUUUUAAUUCUUGUUAAAAUUAAUUGCCAAAUAAAUUUUUAAACCAGUUGAUA